AUGGACCUUUCGAAUCAAGAUCUGCUAGGUGGAGGGCAAAUGGCUGAAGGCAUAGCGUAUAUCACAAAGGCUGUUCAGUCAGGCGGAAAUGUUCUGGUCCACUGUGAGGUUGGCGUAUCAAGAAGCGCAACCAUAGUUGCUGCUUAUGUUAUGCAGAAAUUGAAAUACUCAGCUGAAAAGGCCGUCGAAUUCAUUAAGAUUGCAAGACCGUUGGUGUGCCCCAACCAAGGUUUCUUCACUCAAUUACAAAUCUUUGAAUCUCUUCAUUACCAAAUCGACGAAGCCUCUUUAGCUGGAAGUCGUAUGUAUAAGAAUUGGUGUAUUUCGUCUGGUAACGCUCCGAAUAACGGUUCCGAGCCACAAGCAAACACAUUUAUCAAAGAUCUUAAGGCAGACGAUUGUUCAAAGGAACGGGGAAACAAGUACAGAUGCGGGAAGUGCCGUCAUAUUCUAUUCUUUGGCGAGCAUCUGACGAAACAUAAACGUAUUGAUGGCGAGGUGUGCGAGUUUGGCUAUCUUAUCGAACCAAUGAAAUGGAUGAAUGUGUCGGAAUACGAGGGAAAGAUCUGUUGUCCAAAGUGCGAUGCAAAGCUUGGCAACUAUUCAUGGGGUGGUCGACAAUGUCAGGGCGAUCCUGGAGCGAGGUGUAUGCAACAUGGUAAGCACAAAAUUGCACUACAAGAAUUCCCAAUGAUGACUUAUUGA